AUCUCUGCGGCAUUGACCAAGCGGGGGCUAGAUCUUAAGUUUCCCUCAUGCAUCAUUAGAUGAUUCAUAACAACGUCAAGAUGUCGGGACGAUCAGGCCGCGCAGAGACCAGGAGUCGUGCUAAAGAUGACAUCAAAAAGGUUCUGGCUGCCAUCGAGAAAGUGCGGAAAUGGGAGAAGAAAUGGGUGACUGUUGGAGACACGUCCCUGCGCAUAUUCAAGUGGGUGCCGGUGACAGAAACAAAGCAGAUCUAUCGCAGCAAAUCUACUGCAGGUGGAGACGUCAGAGGACUCAAAGAUGUGGUGCUGGAAAACACAAACUCUUUGCCAGAUUUCGCCGAUGAAAAUAGCAACCAGAGCUUCCUGUCUGACGUCUAUCAUGCCAAGAUGGACAACAACAGCAGCAGCACCUCCAGCUCGCAGCAGGUCAGCCCUCCUCAUACCUCGAACCUCCGAACUGAAGACUCUCAACCGCCAAUGCUCGGCCAGGAGAUCGUGGAUGAACCAGUUCACUCUGGACAGGACGGAGCAGAUGAGCCUCCAACUCUGAUUAAGGAAGAUCUUCUAUCAUCAGGCACUGGCAGACGGAGCGCCCCAGACACGCAGGAAGAAUCGGACGAAUCAGGAGCCCCUCCCUUGAAGAAGAUUUGCAGUGGAGAAAAUACCGUUUUAAGAUAGUUGAGUUUACACAUCAGCGUACAAAACGUAUCCAUAACUGGCCAACAUUAAGGCUCUGGUGUAUUCUUUAUAUACCCUCAACUGGCAUUUCACUUUCUGUACAAUCUUAUUUUGGCUUCAAACAAGUCUACAAGCAUCUUUUUAUUUGUAUUUUAAGUAUGCUCGUCAUUUGUUAAACCAUCUUUCUCCAGAGGAGGAAUAAUUUGAAGACUAUUAUUUUUUGGUUUUUAUGAAUUACAGUAAAUCUACACAUUUCAAAAAUGGUUUCUACUAGGCAAUUGAGAUCUGUCCGAGGGAAGGACUUACACAGUAGGAAGGGGAUUCAUAUGGCCCCAUUUGUCGCAGUUUACCUGACACAUGACACGUGAACAUUUAGGGGUUGCACUAUCCACUUUGGCCGCCAAAAGGUAGUAGACUGUGGAAUAUCUUAAAAUGUGUUUUGUGGCAAUUUCAACUUUGACCACAGCGCCAGUUGCUAUGGAGAGUGGUCUUUUCCUUUUUUUUCAUUUUAUUUUAUUGUUAUUGACCUCCAGCAUCAGACAUUCCUAUCCAUUACAUUAUAUUCACAAACAUAUAUCUGUUGUCUGCCCUAAAUGUCAACAUAGUUUGUGUUUAUAUAGCAACCAUACCACCCACCCCCAACCCCAAAAAAAAAGAAACAGCAAAAAAACAAAACAAAUACAGUACAUCUACAAAUACAGUACAUCAAUUAAAUAAACAAAAAAUAAAUAAUAGUACAUUAAUAAUAAUAAUAAACAGAAAUUAAAAAAUAUAUAGAAACAUGUAUAUAUAUACACAUACAUACAUACAUACAUAAAUAAAUAUAUAUAUGUAUGUAUAUAUGUAUGUAUACAUACAUAUAUAUAUGUAAAUAUGUAUAUGAAUAUAUGUAUAUAUAUAUGUAUGUAUGUAUGUAUACACACAUACUUAUUCCCACAGACACACACACAUAUAUAUACAUACACAUACAUACAUACACACACAUAGGGAGUAAUAUUUUAUUUUUAUUUGUAUUUAUUUUUUAAGCAGUACAAUCACUAAUAUGAAAAAUUAAAGUCAGGCUUAUGGGUCGUGACAUCAUUGACCCAGUUUUCCCAGUAUGAAGUAAAUUCCUCCAAUUUAUAAUUAAUCAUAUAUUAUAAAGAGUGGUGCUUUCCAUCAUUUUCAGCAGACUGCAUUGCAAAAUGAUUAACCCCCUCCCUCUCAUGCGAGAUCCACCCAAGAAUGGGACCAUAUGAAUCCCUUCCCUACUGUGGAACCGUGUCACACCGCUGAGAUCUUUAGUAGAGGGUCCAUUGCCUUGCUUAAGAGCACGUCAGCAGGUGCACAACACAAUUGAGUAUUUGAUGAAUUGAGCUCUACCACAUGAUACAAAAUUAAACAAAAAAAUAAGCAAUUUGAUUUGUUAAAAAUGUUUCUCCUUUAAUCAGGAGAGUCCAGAGUGUGAAGCUUGUUUUUAAUUGGGCAUAGAGUAUUGUACAAACUAUUAUUAUUGGGAUGUAUCAGAUAUUACACAAAAUGAUUUGUCUCUUAUAUCACAAAGCUAAAAUGUACAUGUUUCAGAUAGUUUAGCAUAUAUUUCCCUAUGUUGCAUCUUUAAUGCACAAAAUGCAUCAUGUAUUUAAAAUUUAGACCAGGGAUCAACUCAACUUUUGGUCUGCGGACCUGUGUUCAGUAACAUGGGCUGUUUGCUGAAGAGUUGCGUCUUUAGAGGGGCUCUAUUCAAUGAACAAUAGUUUGUUUGCAAGCCGUUCUUACAUUUUAUUUGGAUGUUGCAAAAAUGAUUAGAUUUCAAGGGUUCAAUGAAGACAACGACACCAGCCAAAGGCUCAACACAGUGCCAUGAAAAAGUAUUUGCCCCUUUCUCAUAUUCUUAUUUUUUUAUGUUUAAUAUCAUCAAACAAAUGUAAAUAUACAUAGAUAAUCCACGUAAACAUAAAAUGCAGUUUUUAAAUGGUGAUUUUAUGUAUUUAAGAAACAAGUAUUCAAAGAUAGCCCCAAACGGAAUUUUUUUUAUUUUUUGACCAGAAUUUUAUUUUUUUUCCUACCUGAAAUUUCUUAUUUUCGUGACCAGAAUUUCCCUUAUUUUUCAUCGUUUUACAGACCGGAUUUUUUUCCCCCCUACCAAAAUUUCCCUUAUUUUCCAAUACACUCUUCUGAGUGGCCUAGUGGUUAGAGUGUCCGCCCUGAGAUCGGUAGGUUGUGAGUUCAAACCCCAGCAGAGUCAUGCUAAAGACUAUAAAAAUGGGACCCAUUACCUCCCUUGGUACUCAGCAUCAAGGGUUGGAAUUGGGGAUUAAAUCGCCAAAAUGAUUUCCGGGCGUGGCCACAGCUGCUGCCCACUGCUCCCCUCAACUACCAGGGGGUGAAAAAAGGGAAGGGACAAAUGAAGAGGACAAAUUUCACCACACUUAGUGUGUGUGUGACAAUCAUUGGUACUUAAACUUCAAUUUUAAAAUUCCCCCGAAACCUAAAAAGUGGUUGGGCCACCCUUCGCUGCAACAACUGAAUUGGAAAGUUUUUCUAUUACUUGCAAUGAGUCUUUCACAUCUAUGUGGAGUUAUGUUGGUCUACUCUUCCUUGCAGAUUUAAAAAAAUACAAGUUUUUGCCAUGCCACAAAAUUUUAAUCGAAUUCAAGUCCGGAUUUUGACGAGGCCACUCCAAAACCUUCAUUUUGACGGCGUGGCGCAGUGGAAGAGUGGCCGUGCGCAACCCGAGGGUCUCUGGUUCAAAUCCCACCUAGUACCAACCUCGUCACGUCCGUUGUGUCCUGAGCAAGACUCUUAACCCUUGCUCCUGAAGGGUGCUGGUUGGCGCCUUGCAUGGCAGCUCCCUCCAUCAGUGUGUGAAUGUGUGUGUGAAUGGGUAAAUGUGGAAGUAGUGUCAAAGCGCUUUGAGUACCUUGAAGGUAGAAAAGCGUUAUACAAGUACAACCUUUUUUUUUUUUUUUUUUUUAAUUUUGGGUUUUUAAGGCCAUUCAGAAGUUGAUUUGCUGCUGUGUUUUGGAUCGUUGUCCUGCUGCAAUACCCAAGUGCAUAUCCGCUUAAUUUUCCUGCCGAAUUAUCCGGCAAAGAGCAGAGUCCAUGUUUCCAACGAUCACGACAAGUCGGCAAGGUCCUGAAGCAGUAAAGCAUUGAUUGAUUGACUGAUUAAAACUUUUUUUAGUAGAUUACACAGUACAGUACAUAUUCCAUACAAUUGACCAUUAAAUGGUAACACCCGAAUAGGUUUAUCAACUUGUUUAAGUCGGGGUCCACGUUAAAGGCCUACUGAAGUGAGAUUUUCUUAUUUAAACGGGGAUAGCAGGUCCAUUCUAUGUGUCAUACUUGAUCAUUUGGCGAUAUCGACAUAUUUUUGCUGAAAGGAUUUAGUAGAGAACAUCGACGAUAAAGUUUGCAACUUUUGGUGCUAAGAGAAAAGCCUUGCUUCUACCGGAAGUCGCAAACGAUGACGUCACAUGUUGAUGGCUCCUCACAUAUUCACAUUGUUUUUAAUGGGAGCCUCCAACAAAAAGUGCUAUUCGGACCGAGAAAACGACAAUUCCCCCAUUAAUUUGAGCGAGUAUGCAAGAUUUGUGUUUGAGGAUAUGGAUACCGACGGACUAGAAAAAAAAAAGUUUAAAAAAAACAGCACACGAUUGCAUUGGGACGGAUUCCGAUGUUUUUAGACACAUUUCCCAGGUUAAUUCUGGGAAAUCCCUUAUCUUUCUAUUGUGUUGCUAGUGUUUUAGUGAGUUAAAUAGUACCUGAUAGUCGGAAGGGUGUCUCCACGGGUGUCUUGACGCCAAUGUCUCAGGUGAGUCGACGGCAGCUAUGGACGGCACAAGCUCAGCUUUUCUCCGGUAAGAACUGACUUUUUAACCACAAUUUUCUCACCGAAACCUGCUGGUUGACAUGUGGUCGGGAUCCAAGUCCGCUUGACCGCGCUGUGAUCCAUAGGAAAGUUUCACCUCCAGGAAUUUUAAACAAGGAAUCACCGUGUGUUUGUGUGGCUAAAGGCUAAAGCUUCCCAACUUCAUCUUUCUACUGUGACUUCUCCAAUAUUAAUUGAACAAAUUGCAAAAGAUUCUGCAACACAGAUGUCCAAAAAACUGUAUAAUUAUGCCGUUUAAGUAGACGACUUUUAGCUGUGUGUGUGCGCAGCGCUCAUACUUCCUAAAAACCUGUGACGUCUUGCGUACACGUCAUCAUUACACGACGUUUCGAAGACGAAACUCCCGGGAAAUUUAAAAUUGCAAUUUAGUAAACUAAACCGGCCGUAUUGGCAUGUGUUGCAAUGUUAAUAUUUCAAUGCAAUGUUAAACUAUCAGACUGCGUGGUGGGUAGUAGUGGCUUUCAGUAGGCCUUUAAUCAAUUCAUGAUAAGCAGCCCCAGACCAUUAUUCUACCAGCAACACGUUUGACUGUUGGUAUGUUCUUUUUCUGAAAUGCUGUUACAAAUGUAACAAGAAACACACCUUUUAAAAAGAUCAACUUUUGUCUUGUCAGUCCAUAGAAUAUUCUCACAAAAGUUGUGGGAAUCAUUCAGAUGUUUUGGAUUUUUUUUUUUUUUUUUUUGCAAAAGUAAGACAAGCCUUAAUGUUCUUUAUGGUCUGCAGUGGUUUUCGCCUUGGAACUCUGCCAUGUUUGCCCAGUUUCUUCCUUAUGGUUGAGUACGGAUCACUGACUUAACUGAGGCAGGGGAAGCCUGCAGUUCUUUGGAUGCCCUUGUGAACUGGAUGAUGGCUUUUGGGGUAAUUUUUGUAGGUAGGCCACGUUUUCUUUGUUUGUAGAUAAUGGCUCUCAUCGGGGUCCGCUGGAGUCCUAAAGCUUUAGAAAUGGCUUUGUAACCCUUUCUAGACUGAUAGAUGUCAAUUACUUAGUCUAUCAUCUCGGAUCGUGGCUUUUUGUUGCAGCUUUCUGAGAACUUUUGACCGAAUUAAUUUUGUCAGACAGGUUUUAUUGAAGAAAGAUCUUGGUUGAACAGGUCUGGAGGUAUUCAAGUUUGGGUGUGGUCAGUGAAAUUGAACUCAGAUUUCCCAAAAAUUUAGUUAGUCAUGGUAAGUUCAUUGUUUUACAAAGGGGUCAAUUACUCUUUCACAUAGGACCAGGUAUGUUUGGGUAGCUUUUUUUCCCCUUAAAAUAUUAAAUUAUCAUUUAAAAACUACAUUUUCUGUUUACUUUGGUAAUCGUUGUCUUACAUUUAAAUGUGUUUGUUCGUCUUAAACAUUUUAGUAGGGAUUUUUUUUUUUUUUAAAGAAACAAUUGAGAAUCAAUCCAAUCCACUUUAUUUAUAUAGCACAUUUAAACAACAAUAACGUUUCCAAAGUGCUGCACAGCCAUGUUAAAAACAAUAUUAAAAAAAACAAUAUUAUGCUCCACCAAUGACUGAAUAAAAAAAAAAAAUAAAUAAAUAUAAAACCAACAUAAGAACAAAUACGAUUAAAAACUAUUUUAAAGGGUAAAAUCAAUUCCAACAGUAAAAUAGAAAUAGAGAAGGGGGCAAAUACUUUUUUACGGCACUAAGUUUUUUAUUACAACUUAAACCAAUAAUUAAGAAUUUUCAAGUUGUUGGCCUACUGGAUUUCUAAUUAUUUGUAAUGUAUAACCAUCAAAAUAUUAGGAAAUUAAGAAAUAUAUUAUUUCCAUAUUUUACUCUGUGCUAGUAUUGUCAAUUUUUAAAAAAUCGGAUUAAUUAAAUUAAAAAAAACUCCGAUACUUAAACACAAAUGCAAUUUUAUUGUCAAAAGGUCAUCCUGCAACAUUUCUAAAUAUUUUACUUGAAUGCACGUUAUUUAUUUGCUCAAAACUUGGUAACAGUUUUAUCUGAAGUCCAGUCAGAGUGUAUUUUGAAGUGAAAUUUGCUGGUUAAGUCAAAAGAAUGUACCGCUUAAAAUACAUUUUGUGAUUCAUCUACGUGUAUACAUGAUUAGUGCAAAAACUUUUUGUGAUUCAUCACGUGAGUUAACUUGUUCGUUUUGACGGUGAUGACCAAUUUUGGGUCGCGGUUUGUCAUUAAGAGGUUGAUAGUGGGGUCCUGCACCCAAACCAGUUUAGACAACCCUGCCUUAAAUAUUAAUUACCCACAAUUCCACUUUUACUGAGGGCUUUACCAAAAUCUGCAUUUUUAUGAUUAUAUAUUAACAACACAACAUUAUUUGUUAAUUUCAGAAUAGAGGUUUAUAUUGGCAUGUGUGACAGCAAAAUACAGUUGUACAGAUUUCUGUGCACACUGGCGGAAUUAACCUUUAUUCUGUGGACCAGUUGGACAACAUCAUUUGUCCAUUUACUAACACCAAUGCAGCAUGAUGCAAAUUUCAAAUCUGAACCUGGCUAACAGAGUUCAUAUACCAUUGGAGGUGUAACAUUAGUGUUAUUACUGUAAUUGUAGUUUGUAGCGGUGUGAACUGAAGUACAUCAUACAAAGAGGCAAUUAUUAGCACUAUUUUGUUUUGGUUUUAAAACGAUUCAAAAUUUGAUUUUUAAAAAUACUUUUAUAGACAAUCUCCGUGCUUACUUGCUACAUGUGAAAAUCAUACAGCAUCUAAAAGGAGCUUUUUAAAAAAAACAAAAAAAAAAACGUUUUGUUAUAUCCAAAAUAAUAUAUUAGGAGAAUCGUGUUGAACCGAUUCUGAAUCAACUUGCCACCAUAAUAAUCGAAUCAAAUUAAAUCGAGAGUUGUGAGAUUUGCAUUGCACUACUAUUUUGGUUGCUUCACUAGCUUAAUGAAGGAUGAAAAAUAUAAAAACCUCUUUAUGCAGCGCAGAUGUGCAAUAAAGCAAACUGCAACCACUGAAAUGAUGCUUCAAUAUAUUUGCCCCGACAAAAGUUAAGUUUCAUUACCAGACAAUAUUUUACAUACAACUAUAGAUCUGCAACGAUAAACGAUUGGCGGCGAAUAGCAGACAUUUUUUUUUUACCCCCUUUAUUUUUAAUCCUUGCAUGUUGAAAAUGCAGUUUCAAUAUUGAAGAUUUAUUACAAAUAAAAAGAACAAAAGGUUGGAAACAUAAUUUAGCUUUUCUUCCCCCAAUUAUUUCCCCUAAAAUACGCAUUGAAGCUUUAAAGUAAGGGUGUCAAACGUACGGCCCGUGGGCCGGAUCAGGCCCGCAAACAGGUUUUUUUCUGCCCGCUGGAUGAGCUUGCUCAGUAUAAAAAUGACCCGAAAUAUUUGAAUGAAAGAAGCAGCUGUUCUAAAUGUGUUCUCUAGAUGUCGCAAUAACAAUUUGUAUCUUUGUAGAUGAUGCUACAUAUGUGAAAGAAAAAAAAAAUGAACCACAUUAUGUUUGAGGAAAAUGAGCAAACUACAUAAAUAACAUCCUGUAAUUUGAUUGAUUUUUUUUUAUCUUGAUAAAUUGAAAAUGAACACCAAUAAGUUGACUGAUGAACAUUAUCACAUAAUUUAUUCAGAAAGUAUAAAUAACGGCAAAUAAGGACAGAAUACUAUUAAACGCAACUGGUAAUUGUAAAAAAAAAUGUUUUUUAAUCCAAUAUUAUGAUUUGUACAUAUUCAGAAUGUGCUUCCUGAAAUUGUCUUUAUUUUUAAGUUAUCGUGCCGUGAUUUUACCAGUCCGUCCCACUUGGGAGUAGAUUUUUCUCCAUGUGGCCCCCGAUCAAAAAUGAGUUUGACCCCACUGCUUUAAAGUGUGUUUUAUUCAGUUGCUCGAUUAAUUGAACACAAUAAUUACUUGGGGCGGCAUAGCUCGGUUGGUAGAGCAGGCCGGGCCAGCAACUUGAGGGUUGCAGGUUCAAUUCCCGCUUCCGCCAUCCUUGUCACUGCCGUUGUGUCCUCGGGCAAGACACUUUACCCACCUGCUCCCAGUGCCACCCACACUGGUUUAAAUGUAACUUCGAUAUUGGGUUUCACUAUGUAAAGCGCUUUGAGUCACUAGAGAAAAAGCGCUAUGUAAAUAUAAUUCACUUCACUCACUACUUACUCGAUUAGUAAAAUAAUCAAUAUCUGCAGCCCUCAUUACAACUCUUGUUGUGGUUGGUGAGUGUAUAUUCAGCAGUGUCAUUCAUUGCGAUACAGCAGGUGACAAAAGCGACAUUCCUCCCUGCUCAAUCUUAGCUUUGUUGUCUUCUUGUGAAACUGAUGGAUGAAUGUAUUUGGUUUCAACAUAUUGUUUAAAAAAAUAAAAAAUAAAAUAAAUAAAUUCAAUACCGCCAUUGUACAGCUGCCUAUGCUUAGUUACCUAUCAUGUGUUUUGUCGCUUUUUUUUAGAUUUUGGUAAGUCCAGCUUGGCGCUUUUUGGCAAAGCCUUCUAUGCCCUGUCAAGACUUAAGUAUAUACAAUGUUAAAAAAAUGCAUUGUUGAAAAGAAUAUGUAUUAAAAUGUGUUUAUAACAGAUGCCUAAGCCAUAUUAAACGCUACUUUCCAUUUCAA